GGGGAUUGGAACACCUGAAUCACAUGAAAUGGAGGGGAUUGGAACACCUGAAUCACAUGAUAUGGAGGGGAUUGGAACACCUGAAUCACAUGAUAUGGAGGGGAUUGGAACACCUGAAUCACAUGAUAUGAAGGGGAAUGGAACACCUGAAUCACAUGAUAUGGAGGGGAUUGGAACACCUGAAUCACAUGAUUGGGAGGGGAUUGGAACACCUGAAUCACAUGAUAUGGAGGGGAUUGGAAAAACCUAAUCACAUGAUAUGGAGGGGAUUGGAAUACCUGAAUCACAUGAUAUGGAGGGGAUUGGAAAACCUGAAUCACAUGAUAUGGAGGGGAUUGGAAAACCUGAAUCACAUGAUAUGGAGGGGAUUGGAAAACCUGAAUCACAUGAUAUGGAGG